AUGGAUGACGGUAUGGAAACGGUUUAUGGUUCGGGCGACGAUGGAGCCAGCGGAGUGAUGUCAGAACGAGUGUCCAGUUUAGCUUCCUGUGUCUAUAGGGAAUUUGAGCGCAUGAUUCGGAAAUAUGACGAAGAUGUCGUCAAAGAGCUGAUGCCACUUGUUGUAAACGUAUUAGAGUGUCUGGACUCAGCAUUUUCGGACAACCAAGAGAACGAGGUCGAGAUAGAACUUCUACGAGAUGACAACGAACAGCUAAUAACUCAGUAUGAAAGAGAGAAACAACUCCGAAAACAGGCAGAGCAG